AUGGCUGAGUCUGUUGUAUCGUUUGCGGUAGAGACAAUAGGAAAGCUGCUCAUCAACGAAGCCAAAUUCUUGUGGGACGUGGAGGGCAAGGUCAUGGACCUGCAAAACGAGCUGAAGCUGAUCCAGUGCUUGCUGAGGGAUGCGGACACGAAACAAGAGCACGACCAAACUGUUCGAGAAUGGGUCGCGCAACUCCGAGACCUUGCCUAUGAUGCUGAGGACGUCAUCGAGCAAUACAUCCUCAGAGUCGUGCCGAAGAAGGGACAAAACAUAAUCAAAGCGUAUGCUUGCUUCAUGGCGAAGUGCUCGUGCGUGCGAGCUCAUGGUGUGGGGAUAAAGAUUGAUGGCUUAAGAUCCAGCAUCUCCAAUCUUAGAACGAGUAUGCGGGAUUAUGGCAUAAAACCUCUGAAUGAGGGCAAGCACAAACACGCGAGAGCUUCGACGCCGAAACUGACUUAUGCCCAUUUCGAGGAGGAGGAUUUUGUCGGAAGGGAAGAUAGUAUCAAGUUGUUGGUGAACGAGCUGUUGAAGGAUGGUAAACAACACAGAGUUAUUUCCAUUUGUGGAAUGGGUGGUUUGGGUAAGACCACACUCACUAAGAAAGUCUUUGCUCAUGACGAAGUGAAGAACCAUUUCGAUAGUUUUGCUUGGGCUUGCAUAUCUCAAGAAUACCACGUGAGGGAUAUAUUGGAGGGAAUUCUUGUUAAGUUGAUCCCUGAUGAAAGAGAACAGGUUAAGAAGAUGAGAGAUGACAAAUUGUUAGAAACUCUAUACAUGACCCAAAAACAGAAGAGAUGUAUUGUGGUUCUUGAUGAUAUUUGGACCAAACAGGCAUGGGACAGUCUUCGUGCCGCAUUCCCAAUCAAGGACACGAGAAGCAAGCUAUUGAUAACAACCCGCAAUAAAGAAGUAGCGCAGCAUAUUGAUCCUCAUUGUUUUCUCCAUGAACCUCAGUGCUUAUCACACGAGGAGAGCUGGGAUCUGCUAAAGAAGAAGACGUUCCCUGAAACAAAAGCUAUUGAACCUUCUUCUGUUGGACUUGGAGUUGGUCGAGGUAUUGUUGCCGAUCAAGCUGUAGAAGGUAUUGCAAGACAAUCAGAGAUGGAGGGACAAAUACCAGAAAUCACUGAAGACAUGAAGGAGUUAGGAGAUGAACUUCUUAAGAAGUGUGGGGGAUUACCUUUGGCUGUUAUUGUGCUUGGUGGACUUUUGGCAGUCAACAAGUGGGAGAUGGUUUACAAAAACAUCAAUUUGCAUUUUCGUGAUGAGAGCGGUGUAUUAAAAGUGUUGGCCUUAAGCUAUGAUGAUCUACCAUGGCAUCUAAAGCCAUGCUUCCUCUAUUUGGGUGGCUUUCCGGAGGAUUUAGAAAUCCCUGUAAAGAGAGUCCUUCGAAUGUGGAUUGCUGAAGGCUUUGUGCUGGUCGAUUCAUCUGAUGAAGAGGGAGAAACUACAAUGGAAAAUGUAGCAGAGCAAUAUUUAAUGGAGUUGGUUAAGAGGGGACUAGUCCAAGUACGACUCAACUUGAUUGGAAAUAUCAAAACCUGUCGCCUCCAUGACCUGAUGCGAGAAUUAUGUGUCUUCAAGGCUAGGCAUGAGAAGUUUCUAAGCUUUCAUAACAUUCAAUGGGACAAUGAAAGGGAGGGUAGUUCUUCUUCAAAGGCAGCAGAAGUUGAGGCAACUUGCAAGACAUGGAGGCUUUCUCUUUAUAUGCGUGAGAUUGGUGAAGGACAGGUGACUUCAAGGGUGGAACAAAUAAAGGCUAUGCCCCACCUUCGAACUCUUAUGUUCUUCUCGUUUGGAAAAUCUACCCAAUGGAUGUUGGAGCAAUUUCAACCUAUUUUUGUCAACUAUAAGUUUCUUAGAGUUUUGAAACUGGAACAUAUUUUUGUGGUGGGAGGAAAUUUACCUGAAUCAGUGGGAGACCUAGUCCAUCUAAGAUUCCUAAGUUUAGCAAAAAGUAAAUUCGAGGGCUUACCGCAAUCUAUGGGGAACCUUGUAUGUAUGGAAUUCUUGGACUUGUUUAUGGAUGGAUAUGCUAGGGUUUUCAUGCCAAAUGUGUUGUGGAAGAUGAGAAGGUUGAGGUAUCUCCGUCUUCCUUACUACUUUGAUGUCAAGGAGAAAUUCCAUGGGGCCCGGAAGAAGUUGCGGUUGGGCACUUUAAAGAAUCUACGGACAUUGAGAAACUUCAGUCCGAAGAAAUGUGAUGUAAAUGAUGUAGGCAAGCUUAGCAAUUUGCAAAAAUUGAAUGUCUUUGUUUGGGAUGAUCCUAUCAAGCUAGAGAUAUUUCCGCAAAUUGCUGAAUUCAAUUUCAAAUAUCUUCGAUCCUCGUCUUUUUAUUUCAAAAAUCAUCAUUCUUUAUGGAUUGAAGGUGAAUUGAAUAAAAUGUCAAACUAUCCCUAUUCUUGUAAGCUAUCCAUUUUUGGAAAUAUAGAGAAGUUACCGGAACAUAAAAAUCUACCCCAGCAAUUGAGGAAGCUGGUCUUACUAUUUUCUCGACUCGAAGAAGAUCCGAUGCCAAUAUUGGAGAAAUUGCCUCACUUGGUUGUUCUCGUGCUGGGAAUUUUCUCUUUCGUGGGAAAGGAAAUGGUUUGCUCUGCAGGAGGCUUUCCUCAACUCAAGCAUUUAUUUUCUUAUGGAUUACCUUAUCUGGAGGAGUGGAGGUUCGCUAAAGGAGCCAUGCCUCAUCUUUCUCGAUUAGGGAUCUCCCAUUGUGACAAAUUGAGGGUGGUACCUUCACAUGUCUCUACAUAUGACUGUUGGAACGAAAUAUCCAAGGAGAUGAGGAAGUGCGGCGAAAUUUGA